AUGUAACCAUGUAAAUCUAGGAAAUCAACAAUAUCUUCCACACUAUUCAUUCAUUAUAAAGUUAUGCUUACAGCCUCUUUGUAGUCUGUAGGUAUAGAAAAUGCCAAAAUGUUGGUAUGAAGACUGGUCUUAUCUUAAGUGAUGAGCAAAAAAGAUAUUACCAUACAUGUUAGAGUUAUUCUUUGUAGGUAUAGAAAAUGCCAAAAUGUUGGCAUGAAGACUGGUCUUAUCUUAAGUGAUGAGCAAAAAAAGAUCUGGUUCAAGAAAAAACUGAAAAGAAUAGGUUCUGAUACUUCUGUAGUUCCUAUGUUACAUCACAGAUCCCAUAUUCCAUCCAAGGUGAAAACAAAUCUAAACUUAAAAUCUGGCAUAGCUGCCUUUUUUACUGAUCUGGCUACUUAUCGGUCAAACAACCCAUCAUCCAGUUCUCAUCUUUCUCUCAAACAAAACUUGAAAUCAACCCCAACAGUUCUCAGUUCAAUACCUACACCAGUGAUUUGCACCACCUAUUCUGCAAAAUGUUCUCCUAGAGCUUACCAGAAUACAGAAACAGUUAUUAGGUCUCUAAAGAUUUAUCCAACAGUUCAAAAGCUUUGGCUGAAAGAUGCCAGAGUUGGAGAAGUAAAUCAAGCUCUGAUGAAGAAAUGACUAAAGUUUACUUAGCAAAUACACAAACGGUAGAUUUGAGACAUCCUGUCAAAAUGGUGGAAACUAUUCAUAGUCAAUCCUCUUACAGUUGCAGUUGUACAGGACUAACAAUGUCAGAUUUUUGCAAUACUUCUUCUCAAAUCAAUAAAUCAACUGAUUGUCAGAGUAUUGACACUUUAUCCAAUCCAGUUGUCAAUGCUAAUUUUGCAAGAGAUAUUGACAAUCAGCCUUCUGAAGAAUCUAACCUUUCACCAGAGGUUAUUCACAGUACAGUUAUCAUGAAUCCUUCACAUAUUCCAAAUCUAACAGCAGAAGCCCUUGGAAAUAAUAAGUCCAAAAAAAACUAUAGAUCAGUUUAUGGGAGGAAAAAAGAGGAAUGUGCGGGAGGGUCUCAUGAAGAAUUUAUGAUGAUUAACACCUCAUUAGAUGACCGCAAGCCAGAGGUAUUUCCCAAAAAUGUGUGUUAACUGUAAAAUAUUGUUUUUGACAUAUUAAUUUCAAUUUGAAAUCAUGUAAUUAAACGGGAAACCUGUAUUUAACAAUUAAAGGUCCUGUAAGUCUAAUUUCAAGUCACUCUCCAUUAGGGUUUCCAAUCUGAAUUCUGUUGCGAGGAAUUGCUCGGAAUUGCACGCAAUGGUUGCUUCCGCUUAUGAUAUUUUAUUGCGCUCAAUUGCACUAUAAUUGCGAAAAAUUAACAAUUUAAUAUGUUACAUUUUUCAUUUGUUCAUAUUGGAUAAACAUUAAAAUGGAAACUUU